UCGGUGUUGUCCUUCCGCUCUCCCUCAGGGUACCAAUCCUUAGAUGCCGGCGACUGUCAGUCUCUCAUAACUUCGCGCUCUCAGCCAAUGAGUUGGAUACUGUGGAGAGGGGGCGUCCAGGCGCUCAGUGCCUCGCUUCACUCGUUCUCCUCUCUCUCUGUCUGGUUAAAAAAUUGGAUCUCACAGUUCUUGAGGAAAGGCGUAAUUCAGAUCAACAACUCCCAAGUAUUGAGUGGAAAGGGAUUUGAUGCUCUCAGUCUCGAAAGAGCCGAAGGCUGGAUCUGGCGCGACUUGGACUGACAAAGUAUGUAAAGGGCGCCGAGUACCCGGUGGAAAUUGAAUGUUUGGGCACACGAGCGGAGAUCGGCGCUGAGUCCCUCGGAGAAGUGGGACUCGGAUCCGAUGGGAAUUGUGGAAACUUGGAAGCAAAUCGCCAGCAUUGUGAAAAAAUUAUGGCGUUCACAUUCGCUGCUUUCUGUUACAUGCUUUCGCUGGUGCUGUGUUCCUCGCUUCUUUGCUUCGCCAUCUGGAACAUAAUUGCAUUUGAUGAAUUGCGUACAGAUCUCAGGAGCCCUGUAGACCAGUGCAAUCCACUCCAUGCACGAGAAAGACUGAGAAAUAUCGAGCGGAUCUGCUUCUUACUGAGGAGGCUGGUGCUACCAGAAUAUUCCAUACACGGCUUGUUCUGUAUCAUGUUCCUGUGUGCACAAGAAUGGCUGACAUUAGGUCUCAAUAUUCCCCUGCUCUUCUACAACCUUUGGAGAUACUUUCACAGCCCUGCGGAGAGCAAUGAACUAAUGUAUGAUCCAGCCACGGUGAUGAAUGAUGAAACCCUCAAUUACUGUCAGAAGGAAGCCUGGUGCAAGAUGUCCUUCUACCUGAUGUCGUUUUUCUACUACCUUUACUGUAUGAUUGACACGCUGGUCAGCAACUAACCAGGAGGACUUGGUGGCGGCGACUGAAUCAGACCCUGAGAGAUUGACACAGCGGAGAUACUGAAUUCAAUCCUUGCCACAUUUGCACAAAACCUUGGAGCAACCAUUUGAAAUUAUCCCUUUGUUCCUGCCCUUCCCAAACCAAAUUAUGAGAUAGUGGAUCAGAAUCAGCUCAUUACUCCGUACCUCUUUUAUACUAAACAAUGAGGCCAAGAGUCUGAAAUGCCCCCUCAAUAAACCAUGUGGCUAAACUUCAGAAUCAGCCCUUCACCCCUAACUUCUGUUACAACAAACCAUGGACAGAGGGGUGAGAAUUGUGUGUUCAAUGCCAAUGGCUGCCAUUGAAAGGUAUAUUUACCAUGCUGGUACUGAACUAAAUGCAGCUUCCUUAUAAAAGAAGGACAAACACGGUGUUUGCAAAUCUUUAAAAGCUAAAACGUCCAUCUGUUUCUUCUGUAUAUCCAUUGAUAUCCAAUGGGAGCCCUUUCACCGAGGGAACUAUAUACUAGAACAUCUUUCACUGAGGCAGGAACUACCAGGACCACCCUCACUGAGGGUGCUCUCCUUCUGGAUCCCAUUCAGUGAAGGGGAAAUCUAUCCAGACUGCUGAUCCCAACCCUCAUCCCCUCACAAUGAGAAAGUUAAUUAAAUAACUCAACCUAAGCUGCUCCAAGCUGAACACAAUGCCGUUCCUAUGGUCAACACUUAAUGAAUCUGUUCUAUUUUCAAACUAACUGUACUUACUAUUACAAUAUCUUAAUAGCAUUCUAUUAAGAUUCCUGACCUCCAAAUAUGUUCAAUCCUGUGGGAAACCAAGGUUGUUUUUGUACUGUUUUAGAUAGUAGUAUUUAUCCAGGCUUAUGCCUGUGGGGGAAUAUGAGGAUACUCUAAUAAUGUUUAGAUGUAAUUUGGUGCAUUCAUCGGGCCUACACCACACUAACACCUUUAAGAGAUGAACACACACUUGUUGGUUAUGUCUGAUGAAGCCUACAGAAGUAAGAUUGAAAUAAUGGUCUUUAAUAUUUCUUGUACAGGAUACUUGUAAUAUACUCUGAUAAUAAACAGUGCAUCAAGGAAAUUUGUUUGCGACUGAAUGUUUGGAGACCUCUAAGCUGUGUAAACUUGUGAUUUGACUCA